AAUGGAUGUCCUUGUCGAGUUUGCUCCCGGGGUUUAGUGCUGCAGUUUUACACCCUAGCACCGUUUGGUGGAUUCAUCGGAAGAGUGUGGUGUGUGGGGUUUUUCCUGUGGGGGUUGAAAAAAAAAAUCUAGUCUUUGUGCGUGAGCUCCGGGUACGAUUUGGGUUAUUGGAUUUCGAAGUUUGGUGAUUACACUAUUUGUUCAUGUAAUUGUGAGGUGCUUGUUUUUUUCGUCGGCAGUUCGGAAAGGUGAAUAGUGAAGAAAAAUCACGGAUCGUUGGUUUUGGUGAAGGAUGGAAGAAAAGUGCCAAGUUAACUUUGUGCCAGUUUGAAAGAAAAGUGAAACCGUUUGCUUUUUUUUUUGUUUGCGCGGAGUUGGUGAAAAACAACAGAGUGGCUGAAAAGUGUGGUUUGAGUAAAAAGUCUGGUCCCGCAGUUUUUCUUUCGAACGACACAGACAACCAAACUUGAAGCGUGGGACGACACAACAAACAAACAACGAGGCAUCCGGAAACAGAACCAGCGGAGCGUUGCCAGUCUAUGGCUGAGGUCGGAGCCAACCGAAAUAAACGUUUUUCAACCGUUGCAGGCUCUGGACGUCCUCUGGCGGUCGGUGGUGGCAUCGGCAGCUGCCGCAGUGUGGACCUCCCACGGGGACUUACAUAAUUUGAUUAUUUCCCGUGGUAUAGCGAACUUGCUCCGUUGGCAUACUUCAUAGACACACAGACGAGUGACGUAUGAACGUGUGUGUGUGUGUGUGUGUAUGUAUGUAACGGGAACCUGCUGCGAAUUACGUGCGUGCGUGCGUUCAUGAAAUAUAUCAGUUUGCGUAGGUUUGUUCGCACCAAAUUAAUGGAAGUACUUUCGUUCGAGGCAUCCAGCGAAAAAAGCUUGUCCCGUGAGAGUAAACAAAGUGCUUUUAAAAUUUUAUUAUCGUUUUCCCAAAAAGUGUAUGCGUGUUAAUUGGAGAAGAAUUUUUUUUAAAUAACCAUCCAAGUUGAAAUCAGUGAGGCGUGAAAAGCUGGUAGUGGUGAUGCUUGUUUCCGCUCGAUGCAAGUGCUUAAUGCAACCACUUAGCACUACUUCCGAGGAGGCAGCUCCCGGCGGUAAUGACAGUGACAGUGGUCUACACGAGAUGAUGCGGUUUACCCCACGGCCGUCACGGCUCGGAUAGGAAGCAGAAGUAGAUAAAAUGUACUGCGUCAGUGCCGUCGGAUUAUAACAACCAUCGGGCGAUUACUGGAAACGGUAGCAACUACGUGUAUACUGACAAACUCUACACCAGUGGAAGACCUUGCGUGUGUUUGUUGCUGCUGGUAAUCAACUACCGCAGCUACUUGCCUUGCCUCCUUUCAACAACGGGGGAAGGAAGUGAAGAAAGUGUUGUGUAAAAGUGUACCGGCGAAAAUGUCGGCGGAAGAUCCGACUGAAGUGAAUCACGUGGAGCAAAGCGUUGUUGCUGCCGCCGCCGGUGGCAAAAGCGUCGUCGUCGUCAGUGGAAAUCAUUGCCACAGCAGUGACAACAACAACUUAGUAGACGACGGCGGUGGCGGCGGCUGCGGCGACGACGACGAAAGGGUGGCAAUGACGACGCCACCACUCCCGCCGACGUCGGAAUCAUCGCCAUCGAUGGCUGCCUGCCAGGAGACGCCUCCUACCAGCAACGGCACCGUAGCCGUCGACAAUAACUGCUGUGCAAUACCGAAGCUACUGUCUUCACAGUGUGAAAAUGGCGAAGCAAGUGAUGUUAAUUAUGGCUUAAUUAGAAGCAAUUCAAGACCCUCCACCGGCGGAUCCGGAACUACUGCCGAGGACUGCAAUCUGCUGUCGCCCAACAAUUCUCAACGGUCCAGUAUGAGCCAGUCGCAGUCGCCGACGCAUUUAUCUCCGUCGCGCCAGAAGCCGGACCCGGUCGUCUGCUGUUCCCAGGAGGAGCUGGAUGAAAUCGGUACCUUCUUCGAAGACCACUCGAUUGCCAUCGAGCGCUGGUUCCAUGAACGUGCACCACCGGAUGUCGUCGCAAAGCUGCAGUCAAUUACCGGCGGUGGCGACGUGUGCAAGUCGUCACCCCGGUCACCGCAUCGGGCCUCCGUCACGUCCGACCUGUUCCAGCAGUGGCUCGCUUCUUCUCCGGUUAAGAAAUGUCGAUCGCCCACCUCUCGUGGUUCCAUCUCGAACCGCAGCCACCUGGCGGACUUGGACGAAGGCGAUCUGUUCAUGGAACUGAUCCGAGACGUGGCCAACGAGCUGGACAUCGACGUCCUGUGCCACAAGAUUCUAGUCAACGUCAGCCUCCUGACGCAUGCCGAUCGUGGUUCACUAUUUCUAGUCAAAGGCCCACCCAGUGGAAAGUACCUAGUCGCCAAGCUGUUCGACGUUACACAAAACACCCCUCUCGACGAAGCGGUUCGCCGGGCCAAACAGGACGAACUGAUCAUUCCCUUCGGCGUGGGCAUCGCCGGUACGGUCGCUCAAACCAACGAAACCAUCAACAUCAAGGAAGCCUACAAGGACCCACGGUUCAACAGUGAGGUCGACCAGAAAACUGGCUACAAAACUCACAUCAUCCUAUCGAUGCCGAUUUGCAACUACGAGGGGCAUGUCAUCGGUGUAGCGCAAAUAAUCAACAAGACUAAUGGGUCUCCCGAGUUCACCGAGCGGGAUGUGGAAAUCUUUCGUCGCUAUCUGACCUUCUGCGGCAUCGGGAUUCAAAAUGCUCAACUGUUCGAAAUGUCCGUCCAGGAGUACCGCCGGAAUCAGAUCCUGCUGAACCUGGCGCGAAACAUCUUCGCCGAACAGAACAACCUGGAGUGCUUGGUGACGAAGAUCAUGACCGAAGCACGCGAGUUGCUCAAAUGUGAACGCUGCGCCGUGUUCCUGCUGGAUCUGGACUGCUGCGAAGCGAACCAUCUCGAGAGGAUGCUGGACCGUCCGGAGCAUCAAGCGCUAUCACGCCGCACAAGCCAUAACGUUGACGUCGAGGAUGUCGUCCAGCAGCAGAAAUCUAACUCCAAUCGCUUCACAAUGAUUUUCGAACUUGGCAGCAGCAGUUCUUCAGCAGCCAACAUUUCACGACCCUCGGUCAACGACCUCAAUAGCUCAACGUUGGCUCAGAUUGCUGAGUAUGUGGCUUCUACUGGUGAAACGCUCAACAUCAACGAUGUUAACGAGUGGCUUAAGGACCAGCCGAUUUAUCAUCCUCAGCACCAACAACAGCAGCAGCAUCAACAACGACAACAACAACAACAACAACAUCCACAAGCAGCUGGAGAGGGUCAACCACAUGGUUCUUCCGAUGAACUUAGCGCCAAAACCAUCCUCUGCAUGCCGAUCAUCAAUGGGCAGAAGAUUGUGAUUGGUGUCGCUCAAUUAAUUAAUAAGGAAAAUGAUCUACAAUUUACAAGCUGUGAUAUUUCAAUCUUCGAGGCAUUUGCCAUCUUCUGCGGGCUGGGAAUUCACAACACGCAGAUGUACGAGAGCGCCUGCAAGCUGAUGGCCAAACAGAAGGUGGCCCUGGAGUGUUUGUCCUACCAUGCCACGGCUGCCCAGGACCAGACGCUGAAGCUGGUAAACGACACGAUUGCCUCGGCCGAUGAUUACAAGCUGUACAGUUUCAAGUUUAUCGAUUUCGAUCUAGACGAUGACGACACCUGCCGGGCGGCAGUGCGAAUGUUUCUUCAGUGCAACCUGGUACAGCAGUUCCACAUUCCGUACGAUGUCCUCUGUCGGUGGAUUCUCAGCGUGCGGAAAAACUACCGCCCGGUCAAGUAUCACAACUGGCGCCAUGCUCUGAACGUGGCCCAGACGAUGUUCGCCAUGAUGAAGACGGGCAAGAUGGAGCGCUUCAUGACGGAUCUGGAGAUUUUGGGCCUGUUGGUGGCUUGCCUGUGUCACGAUUUGGAUCACCGGGGAACGAACAAUGCAUUCCAGUCGAAGACGGACAGUCCGCUGGCCAUCCUGUACACCACGAGCACGAUGGAGCACCACCACUUUGACCAGUGUGUGAUGAUACUGAACUCGGAGGGGAACAACAUUUUUCAGGCCCUCUCUCCGGACGACUUCCGCAAGGUCAUGAAAGUCGUCGAGUCGGCUAUCCUGUCCACCGAUCUGGCCAUGUACUUCAAAAAGCGCAAUCAAUUCCUGGAGCUCGUCGAGGGAGGCGAAUUUGACUGGCAGAGCGAGGAAAAGAAGGAAGUACUUUGCGGCAUGAUGAUGACGGCAUGCGACGUGAGUGCGAUUGCCAAACCAUGGGAGGUCCAACACCGGGUGGCCAAACUGGUGGCGGACGAAUUUUUCGACCAGGGCGAUCUGGAAAAGCUGCAACUCAAUCAGCAGCCCGUGGCGAUGAUGGAUCGCGAACGCAAAGACGAGCUGCCCAAGAUGCAGGUUGGAUUCAUCGAUGUCAUUUGUCUGCCGCUGUACAAAGUCCUGUCGGAUGCGUUCCCAUGGAUACGACCGCUCUACGAGGGAACGAUGGACAAUCGGCAGCACUGGCAGGAUCUGGCGGAGAAGGUGGAAAUGGGCCUAACCUGGAUCGAUCACGACACGAUCGACAAACCGGUGGAGGAGUUUGCCUCUGGAAAAGAGGCCCUGGCCGACAUCGAAUUCACCGUCACGACGCUAAACUGUGCCCACCCAGAGGACAAGACUGACACGACACCGGUCCACGAGCGGAAGCCCCGCUUCAGCAGUCUCCGCAAAACCGGUGCCCUCGGGAAAGCCGUCCGUAACAAACUGUCCAAAUCGGUCUACAAUAGUCAAACCGCCAUCGGAAAUACCGGCGGCACUGGACCUCCGUCCUCCGGGGAUCGACCCUCAUCCGGUGUAACGAAUUCUUCCGUCAGCUCAAAGUCGCAGGACGACGAACGGCAGUCUACCGAAGGUGGUCAUACCGGAGGGGAUGGUGGAGAUGACAAUCACCAUCAUCACCAUUAUUAUCAUCACCAUCAGCAUACUCCGGUGACUGGCAACACGACACCCGGUUCAGUGGGUAAUCACAGCAUUGCAACGCCAACCGCCAGCCCCGGCGAGUCGGAUGUGAUCAAGGCAUCCUCAACGGCCGUCGUCAAACCGGUCAAGAAACGCUCCAAGCUGUGUAUGCUUUUGUGACCGAAGUAUUACGAGGGGGACUCCUCAAGCAACAACAACAACAGCCACGGAAACAAGGAAAAUUCGGUCUAGGUCCAACCGUGUUGUUAGGUCCGCAGACCGCCGCCGUUUAGCUGUGUUUCCAUAUUAGAUAUGUGUAGCUGUGUUUUUGCUGGGAUAGGUAUUUACUAUAAUAGUACGACUAUGUAUGAAUCAAAAGAGCACAUAUUUAAACAAACGCAGCAAUGUAACUCGAGAACCCCAAAAAAAAACAGAAAAGGAUGUGUAUGAUGUGUCGUUCGUAGAAUCGCACAGAAGUACCUAGAUGUCAAUCAAACAGAUCCACAUUUUUGGAGGAAUGUAUUUUAUAUACAUGUUUAACAAAAGACGGAAGAGAAGCAUCCUCUUGCUGAGCAGCUUGGACUUCAUCUAGCUAACUAUAACUUUCUGAAUGCAAUAUCUAGUUUUUAAUGGAAGAUCAAAACUUAACUCUAACCAAUUCUCUUUUCGCAAAAUCUUUGUAAAAUAGGAACAAUCUUAAACGGUGCUUUCUCGACUUAGUAGUAGAGUAGACUAACUUUUAACACACCCUUCAAAUGCUGAAGGCAGCUAGGUGAUAAGUUCUGAACGUAAAGCUCUCCAACACCAUUCACAAACUCCUGUGGUACUUAUGGUUCUUAGGUUUUAAUCGCUACCAAGAGUAACCCUUAGGCACGUCAAUUUACAAUGUUACCUUUACACAUACCCACACCAAAUAGAAGCUGUUGCAAAUCCAAAACAAAAAUAAUAACCAACUAACUAAGAACAACGCUCCUCGAAAUGAAAGUGAUUUGUGUUGAACGCAGGCAAACAAACUGAUCUUGAACGUUAUACUAGUCAUUUAGGUUUAGUAGGAGAUUUUAGGCUAAGUGCGGCGACUAAGACGACGUGAAAAUGUAUGGUAAAUUUUAUAUUGUUCGGCUUUAUGCGACUGUUGACUUUCACAACAGAAUUCCCUAAACCCACCCCCCCUCAUUGUGAAAUGAAAUAUAGUGAUGUUCAAUAAAAUUAAAAAAUAUAGAUACCUAGCUGCUUUUCCGGUGACUUGUGUUCGCAACACUCGAGCCCUGAAUGAAAAGUCCUUUAUUUACGUAAAGUUCUAUGUUCCCGAAGUUCAUGUUUCGUUGUAUUUUGUAGUUGAUUGUUAUUGCAUUGUUGUCUAGUUUAAAAUCUAUAUUGCAGUUAUAAAGUUACUAAUACACUGGUGGAAAUUAAUAUAAGGAUACUUUAAUAAAAAUGGUUCCUCCUAAUUUUAAGAACCACAUAAAAUCUUAAUUGUAUUUAGAAGCCAAUAACAGAAACAAUCAAUAGGGGUAACAAAUGGAUAUGUGAUUUCCUGUAUCGGAAAUAAAGAUAAGAACGCCAUACUGAAAUGCAUGAGAAAUUGGUGAUACUUUUAGCAUGAUUCAGUCAAAAAUGAUUGUGACACCAAAAUAAUCAAAGAGUUGUUUCGAAUAAUAAUUGAACUUGAUUUUUGCACAGUUUUACGGAGAUACAAUCAGCAGACGUUCCUUAAAUACACGAACAUCAUUUCUCUGAUUCUGAAAAUUUGAAAGUGUCCUCAUAUUAAUUUCCACCACUGUUUACCUCACGAUCAUUUUAGCUUUUCUAUCAAUCAAAUAUACUGCUAGUGACUGUUUUGUGACAAUAAUCAAUCAAAACUUACGAGCAAUUUUAUUUCAGUGAUAAAUCCUUGUUUAUUCCUCUACAUUUAAAAUUCAGUAAAAUUAUAAUGGUAACCCAUGUGAUUUUCAUUUUGUGCAUCUUAAGACAUAUUUUUGAAUCAUUGGGUGCUGCACCACUGCGUCCUACUUCACUUCACUUCGUCAUAUUCCGUCUUCUAGUCGGCCUUUAAUGGUUAUUCCAAUAUUUAUCUUCACCAACCAUAAACUUGGCUGAAUGAUUGAGGAUAAAUUUGGCUCUUUUCGAAGACAAUAAAUCAACUCUUCCAUUUUCUCAUACGAACGCUAUGGGACAAGUACAAUCGCGUCAACUGCAGCUCAAAGGUUAAUGCUUCGAACGCAUUUGAUAGCGAAGAUUAUAUCCUCAGAAGAAGGGUUUGUGUAUUUGCUCAUUUUUCCAUGCGUUGCUUCCACCUUCAUUCAAGCGCAGCGCCACUGUAUCUGUCGCUUGGAUUCUGGCAAUGUUGCCAGUCUGCUUGAUUUGUUGUCUUCGCUUUUUUUCAAUUACGAUAACAUUUCUCCGCAGACAAACAGACGUAAGCUUUUCUCCUCAAUCGUCACCCAGCGGAAAUUCACUCGUUUGGAGCUCGUUAGUUGGGCCUCCGCUGAUAGGGGCAUGGAUUCCAAUUCCCAAUUUGGUUCUUUCAUUUUAAAAACAGUUUCAGUUUUUAUAGUUCAUCUGAAAGAGCUUCGUUUUCUGACCACAACGACAUUUUUGUCGAACCCAUAGACUUUCAUCUCGAUUUUUAAAUCAAGAUCUAUAGAAAAAUAAUAACUACACUGUUUGACACUAAACUAACAAAUUGGCUGUUCCCCCUCUUACA